AUGACAUCUUUGAGCGAAUCAUUAGUAAAUAUGAGUCAAAGAGAAAAUCUUAAACAAAAGUUUGUUGAUGAUGAAAUCAGAUCUGAAAAGAGAAAGCAGAUGUUUGCUUUGUUGACUGCAAUUAGAGAAGCAAAGCCAGAUUGCUUAUCAGACGAAACAGAUGAAACAAGAAAUAGAUUAGAGAGACUAGAAAACUUAAUAGAAAGCUUAGCAGAUUAA